CCAUAAUAGAUGUUGACUAUAUUAUAAAUUAUUUAUUAAUCAAAAAAUUAAUAAAACUCCUUUUUGGAAUAAGUAAACCUUUAAAAACCUGAAUUUUCAAAUAUUUGCUCCUACUGACAUACAUAAAUGCACAAAGUAUCAAAGCUCAGCAACAAAACUGAAACGAAACAAUCCUUAUGUUCCAACACAUAUCCCCGCAAAAACGAACAAUCUAAAUCCAUUCACACAAGAAAAGCAUGCAAUGUGUAAAUAGUAAACAAAAACACAGUCGGCUUCUUCACUUUCCAAACUGUCUCAGGUAAUUUAUUUAUGUUUCGCAUUUCCAAAAUGUUUCAAAACAGCUGUUUAAAUUCUGUACAUCAUUUACAUGGAUAGUUCCAUUCUGUAUGCACUUUGUGUAUUUUUCUGACAUCAAAAUAGCAAAAAAGUUUAUAUCUCAUUGAAUUUUAGAAAUAAAUUCAUUUUUAAUGACUUAAUAGUGAAAAUAUAGCAUAAUAAGAUGUUUAGUGAGACUUAUAUAGAGAAACGUCCUCUAAAGCGACCAAAAUUGGGUCCUGCAGACGUGUAUCCCCAAGAAAUAAAACAAAAAGAAGAUGAGCUAAGCUCCGUAAAUGUAAAACAUGGAUUUUCAGCAUCAAAUCAACCUCAGGAAGAAUUUGGGACGGCUAGAAAUUGUAAUGUCACUGCUUCCAAAGUCGGUGCUUAUUUUAAUGGAAUUUUAGCAAAGAAAGAAGAACUUUCAACAUUGACUGAUUCAGGGCGUAAAAAACACAAUUUAAAAGACAAUUUUUGGCCUGUAACUCAACGAACCAAGCAAACUUUAGACAAUUGGUUCAAAGAUCUCGCUGGAAAUAAGCCUUUAAGCAGUUUAGCCAAGAAGGCUCCGUCUUUUAAUAAGAAAGAGGAAAUUUUUGCAAUGCUUUGUGAAAAUCAGGUUACACUUCAAAGAGCGGCUUGGUUUAUCAAGCUUUCUUCAGCAUAUACGGUCGCUGUAUCUGAAGCAAAGAUUAAAAAGCGACAAAUGCCAGAUCCAGCAACAGAAUGGACAGGCACAAUGAUUAAAUUUUUAAAGGAUUUAAUUCCCAAAUUAAUGGAAUAUUAUCAUACAGGACCACCGCUAGAAAAAUCAAUUAUAAACAGCUCUACAAGUAAUACAAAUAAUUUAAAUUCAAGUAAUCCAUCAUCUGGAUCAACAUUGACUGUACCACCGCCUCUUGCUAGUCCAGCUAGUGCAACGUCGUCAUUAAUUCCAAUUCCAGCCACGCCUCAAGAAGAGCAAAAAUUGGCAUUAAAACAAUGGAAUUAUAGUACGCAGUUGUGUAAAUACAUGUUUGAGGAAGGAUUGCUGGACAAGCAUGAGUUCCUCAAUUGGGUUCUUGAUCUCCUGGAUAAAUUAAGAACACAACCUAAUGAGGAAGGGAUUCUGAAACUUUAUUUGCCACUAACAUUAAGUUAUAUGCAAGAUUUUGUUAAUUCUGAAAGACUGUCGAGGAAGUUAGCUUAUUUGACUGCUAAAAAGCUCUCAUCGAUGCUCAAUGACAUGAUGAAUUUUUUAAAUUUUGAUGAUAAAUCAAAAAAUGAUCAGGAAAAUAAAAAUGGUGAAAUUGUUGAGAAAUACAUGACUCCAUACGAGAAGGCUUUAGAGGAGUACAUGACAUGCUCAAUGCACCGUGACACAGUAUUACAACUUAGCUGCAUCCUUCAAGUUAUCACACUCGACUGUCCUACAUCUCUUAUAUGGAGUGGUGUUGGUGAAAAUCGUCCAUCUGUAUUGACUGGAAGUCCUCUGGAUCAUUUACCAGUUUCACCAUCCACAUUACCAAUGCCUGAAAAGUCUCCAAAAAAUAAUGAUGAAUUCCGAAUGAAAUUAAAACUUGCUGAAGAGAACAUCAGACAUAGAUCGCAACAAGCUGAAUCUCGAUGGUGUGCGGACAAAUAUAAAUGGAAAAAUCUAACUGGAAAUGCCACAGUUAAGUUGCUGACAAUUUUGGAUACACUCGAUAGCUACUUUUUCGAUAAGAUUGAUAGUAAUAACUCGUUAGAUACACUUUAUGCUAAGGUUUUUUCGUCAUUGCCUGAUCCAUCAAAAGAUCAGGGUAAUGACAACAAAGACCAUAAGUUCCAAUAUGACGUAAACAUAGAUGAAGAUACUGUAAAAAUUCUUUGUGAAUGGGCAGUAUCGACUCAUCGGUGGGGUGAACAUCGCUCAAUGGCAGUGGCAAGACUCUUAGACAAAAGACAAAAUGAAGUAUUAUCAAAUGAAAAUGAGAAUAGUGAUGAUAAGGAUUCAGAUUUUGGAUCAAGUGGACCACCGAUAUUCCAAGGAAUUCUUUUAAAGUUUCUUGAUUCAGCUCCAGUGUUAGAGGAAAAUGGAAGUUCGCAGAAUAAGAAUCAUUUUAAGAAUCUCGUUCAUCUAUUCAGUGAAUUGAUACGUAAUGAUGUUUUCUCGCAUGAUGCAUACAUGUGCACGCUAAUAUCUCGAGGAGAUUUACUUAAUCCACCAUCAACAUUUGCAUCCAAUAUUGCAAACAAAAGUAUUCCACCCAGUGUCAAUCAGCAGUUGAGUAAUAGUGGAGCUGGAAAUGCAGGAGCAACUGGUGAUGAUGAUUUCUUUUCAGAUAUUGAUUUAAGACCACCGAAAAUUGAGGAAUUUGAUGACUCAAAUGUUGAUGAUGAUCUUGAAAAGCUCAUCCAAAAUAUUAAGGAUGGACAACAGAACUCAAUGGAUGCCCCAGAUAGUCCAAAGGAUAAUGAAAAUCUCACAAACAUCACAUCAAUCACGAAUGAGAAAAAUUUAUCAUCCUCAAAUGCUGGUGCAUGUCGUCACUAUCUAUAUACAUUGCAUUUUCCUUUGUCCCAAGACGAUGCAUCCCAACAUGACUGUAAUCAACGCUAUGUUCUGCUCUAUGGUGUUGGAAAGGAGCGUGAUGAACGAAAACAUUCCGUAAAGAAAAUGUCGAAAGAAAUUUGUAAAUUAUUCAGUAAGAAGUUCAGCAUCGACGUGAAUGAAGGUGGUAAGGUCAAGAAACAUUCAAGAAGUGAAUUCAAUUUUGAAUCAACUCUCAAUAAAUGUCAAUCAAUGUGCUAUUUUGAUCAACAUUAUGUAACAUGGCAAUGUGCUGUAACUGUUCAAGAGAUGCUGAAUAGCUUCGCAAAUGGAAAUUCCAACUAUUUACCAGUGGCUGAACAUGUUGCAUUCCUUUUUGAUUUAAUGGAAGUUGCAUUGAAUAUUUAUGGAGUGAUUGACAUGUGUAUUCAGAUUCUAAAGGAACUGCCAGAUGUGGAAGCACAAUUAAUGUCUAAAAAUUCAAACUUAAUUAAAAAUUACACGACAACAUUAAGCUUGUAUGUUGUUGGAAUCUUAAGACGAUAUAAUAGCUGCUUGUUGCUUUCGCCUGAACAAACGACGGCUGUUUUUGAAGGACUUUGUAAAGUAGUCAAGCAUGUAAGCAAUCCGUCCGAUUGUACAUCUGCUGAAAGAUGCAUUUUAGCAUAUCUUUAUGAUAUUUAUUUGGCAUGCUCUAUUUUGAGGACAAAACCACCAUCUGAACCUUUCCAUAAUGCAUAUCCAAAAAUUAAACAAACUAUUUAUGCGCCAAUCAAGCUGUCACCGACACCGCAACAAUAUAAUCCACAAUUUAUGAGUGAAAUUCUCGCAAAUCCCAAACGUGGUGGAAAAACUGAAUCAAGCUGGGGACGACAGCUUAGUGAAUCGCCACUGAAUCGAUACAGCUUUGUAUGUAAUGCACUUAUAGCUGUUUGUCGAGAAUCUGAUAAUGACAAGCUGAAUGACAUUGCAAUUAUGUGUGCAGAAUUAACAGCUUGCUGCAACUCAUUAAGUGCUGAAUGGUGUGGAGCACUUGGGGCUUUAUGUAAUACAAAAAGUGAAACUGGAUAUUAUAUGGAGAUUUUGAAUAAUGUUGAUCUACAGAAUGUACAUAUUUACAAUUCUAUUGCUGUGUUUACAUGCAUUUUAAUCGCUCGUCAAUGUUUCUCAUUAGUCGAUUUUGUAGCACUUGUAGCUCUUCCAGCAUUGCUUCUCUCAUGCAGAAAUGAAACUUUAACAAAUGAAGCAGAAGCAAGUGCUCGUCUCACUUGUCAUAUUCUCUUAAGACUAUUUCAAGCUAUUGAGUAUCCACAAGCUUCAAUGUACUCUGUAAGCACAUCACCGAUUCAAAGUGUUGGUCCAAUGAAUAGCAACAUAAAGUUAAGUUGCGAUCGACUUUUGCUUGGUGGAGCACAGAAGAAUAUUCCAGUUGCACCUGUUUUGGCAGUUUUAAAAGCGAUUCUUGUUGUAGCUGAUGCCACAGUUAAUAAGAAUUCACAUGGAAGUGGGAAGAAGAGUGGACUUAAUACGCCUGUUCAUCCAGGAAGCACACCGAAAAGUAUGAGUGGACCAAUUGAUUUGAGUCACAUUCUUGGAACUAGGGAGGAUUUGGGGAUGCUUGGUGAUGAUGAUAAUAUGGGACUUGAUCUAGGCUCAUCAAGUAAUUUCAACAGUAGUGAAAACACUCCGAGUUUAUCAGAAUUUGCUCAUCAUGUCCUUAAACAAAUCUGCACCCAAGAAUGGGUCCUCGAAUGUUGUCUUAAAAACUGCGAUGAGAUGUGCAAAGACGAGAUUCUUCUUGAUAACAUGCUGACUAAUAAGCAAGCACAGAGGCUUCUUCAUAUGAUCGUUUAUGACCCAGACACGAAUGCUAAAAUUGAAGCAAAUAUGGAUCAAAAAGCUCAAAUUGCUAGGAUUCUUGAAAACCUCGAACAAUGGUCAUUGAGGAUUGCUUUAUUGGAUCUACAGUUGAUGUAUAAACAGACACAAAGUAAUUCAUCCGAAUUUUCAGCAUGGCUUGAUACAGUUGCACGUGCUGCUAUUGAUGUCUUCAUUCCGAAUGAGGAACGUAAACUUUCGAAAAAUAAACCACCGAUUUGGUUAGUUGCACCUUUAGUUGGUAAGCUGCCAAGUGAAGUACAAGGAAGAAUAUUAAAAGUUGCUGGACAAGUCCUUGAAAGUACAAACAGUUUUGCUACUAAAAAUAAGUCCUCUGAAAAUUCAGAGAACUCGCAAAGUGGAAGAAAGAAGAGUCCACAGAUUGAUAAUCAGCCAUUCCUUGGAUUAGUGCUGACUUGCUUGCGUGGUCAGGAUGACCAAAAAGAAGGACUUUUGCAGUCACUUCAUUCUCAGCUCUCUCAGUUCCUUCAAAAUAAGGAACUUGAAAAUGUUGGUGGUAUUGAUGAUCCAACUGGACGACAGGAAAUGCUGAGUGCUUUACAAUUGAGAUUUUCGUUAGUUGGUGGAAUGUUUGAGUCAAUUCAAAAGAAUUCCACUUCAACUACUGACUGGGCAUUGCUGUUGGCUCAAUUGAUGAGUCAGGGAGUUAUAGACCUCAUUAAUAAUUCGAUACCAAUUUCUUACAGUGAACUGUUCUACACAGCGCUCGACAUGCUUACAACUUUAAUCCACUCAACUCUAGUAACAGAUAAUGAAAGGGAUGAAAAUAAGAAGCUGUACACGAAUUUAAUGAAGAAAUUAAGAAAGGAACUAGCUGAUAAAAACAACUCUACAAUUAAGCUUGUGAGACAAUUACUUCCACAUGCUAAAGCUGCAUGCACAAACACAUGUGAAGUGAUUGCUUGUGAACCUGUUGGCAGUUUAAUGGAUACGAAAGGUUUAAGAGUGACUGAAAAGGAGAAAGUAAGCAUGUGGGAUCUAUUAGAAGGUCAUAAGAAUCCAGCGCCUUUAUUAUGGUCAUGGUUUGGUGCUGUUAAGAUGGAAAGAAAACCAUUAAGCUAUGAAGAGAACCACAGAUUAUUAAAGUACCAUACACAUAGUCUUGCGAAAUCAACAUGUUACUAUUAUGAUCCAGUUCCAUUGCCACCAGAAGAUGCUGAAGAAGAGCCAUCGAAAGAUAGUACAAGAGAUGAUAAGGCUGAUACACCAUCAUCAGUAGAAUCUCCAGCUGCACCUGGCACAACUAAACGUAAAGGUCAGAAGAGACCCAGAAAACCUAAAGCAUCAGUUACACCAACUCAAACUAAUCCAUUGGUACAACAAAUACCGAAUCAUGGAAUUAGUCCUAUAAUGCAACAACAACAAAUUCCAAAUCAAAUGAUAAAUCAACAGAUGGGACAACAGUUUAAUCCAAAUCAGCAACAGCAAAUGGGUAACAUGAGUAUGAUGCAAAAUAAUAUGAUGAUAAAUAAUCAGAUGAAUAUGGGUGGAAUGGGACAAAAUAUGAAUCAAAUGCAAAUGAAUCAAAUGGGUCAAAAUAAUCCAAACAUGGGACAAAUGAAUAUGCAGUAUCAACAACAGUCGAUGAAUCAGAUGGGUCAAAUGAAUAUGAAUCAACAAAAUAUGAAUAUGAAUAUGAACAUAAAUCAGAUGGGUCCGCAAAAUCAACAGUGGAAUAACUAUAAUCAAGUCCAACAACAGCCACAACAGCAAGUUCCAAAUCAAGUGACAAAUCAGCAGUUUUAUAACCAAAAUGUUCAAAUGGGUGCUCAAACUAAUAUGGCACCUGCUCCACAGAUGGUUAAUCAAUACGAGCGUCCACAAAUGACUCAAUCAAAACAGGCACUUUCUAAUAUGCUUCAAAUGCGCCAACGUCAUCCAACUGCCCCAAAUGCUCCAUUUAAUAUUCAGCAACGAAUGCAAAUUAUGCAAAAUCAAAAUCCACAAAUGCAACAGCAAAUGCCACAACGUCCAACUCAACCGAUGAUUCAACGUCCUCGUAUGGCAGGUAAACCUAUGAACAUGGAUAUGUUAAAUCAACAGUUGGGAAAUACAACUGGAAUGCAAAUGGGCGCACAACAGGCUCCAAAUCAAAUGAUGCAAACUACAAAUCAGCAGACUAUGAUGAAUACAAAUCAGAAUCAAGGAAUGAUGAAUCAGCAGAAUGUUAUGAAUCCUAUGGCUCAACAAGGUAUGCAAGGAAUGCAGGCUCAACAACAGCAGGCUCAGCAACAGCAAAUUAAUAUGAUGCAAAGACAAAAUACUCAAAAUCCAGCUAUGAUGCAGCAACAGCCUCAAGCCAAUCAAAUGAUGGGAAAUACAAUGAAUCAACAGCAAAAUGUUGGCAUGAUGCAACAACAGAAUGUUGGAAAUCAGAUGGGAACGAUGCAGGCACAAAUGCAACAGCAAAACGUAGCUGGUAAUCAGCAACAGCAACAAGCUGGAAUGUUUAAUCCAAAUCAAUAUCAAAAUAUGAACCAGAAUUUUACGGGAUAUAAUCCAGCUAUGGCUAAUCAAGGAGGAAUGCAGAAUCAACAGAAUCAGCAACAAAAUCAACAAGCUGGAAUGAUGAAUAAUUUCCAACAAAAUAAUCCAAAUGUGAAUGCUCAGCAAAGAAUUCAAAAUGCUGAUUUUAUGACUCAACAACGUAGAACUCAAUUUUUACAGCAACAACAACAACAACAACAGCAGCAGCAGCAGCAACAACAGCAUCAGCAGGCACCAAAUGUCACUAUGAAUACGAAUAUGAAUGUUGGACCACAAGGAGGUCCACUUCCUCCAUAUCGUCAGCAGCCAGGUGGAAAGCCAAUGGUUAAUCCAACUACUCAACAGUUCCAGGGGUUAAGAAUGAGACAACAAAUGAUAAUGAAGCAACAGCAACAGCAACAACAUCAGCAAGGUCAGGAAGAUUGCAUGGGACCACAGCAAAAUAUGGGACAAAAUCAAGGUGGAAAUAUGCAGCCACAAACUCCAACACUUGUUGCGCAACUUCAACGUACGAUGCCAAUGAAUCAGCAGCAAAAUCAACAACAGCAAAACUUCAAUCAAGGACAAUUCUAAUAUUUUAAUCAAUAAAUUUUGGAAAUCUAGCUUCAAGGUUUUCACUAUUGUAAGAUCUACACGGGGGGAAUCGAGGAUAUAAAAAGCUUUGGAUGUUAACUUGCGAAUUGAAUCAGGUUGACUUUAAAGACUUUUGAUUCCUUGAUGGGAAUGAAUUAAUUUAACACAAAAGCACUCAAUCACUUACUAAAUCAACGUAUUAGAAAUUAAUUAUGGAUACAAAAUUAUUUAAUAAACCCGUAAAAUAUUGAUAAAUAUUGAACUGUUUGUUGUUAAUUUUUUGGGGAUUUGAACUCGGCUCU